CACGAACUUCAGCGUUUGAUAUGUUCUAGUCACGAUUACUUGAAAUCGCUGGUCUUCUUUCGAGCAGUGAGCAGAGCCGAAUUUUUACUCCGCUAGAUAAACCUAGUUCUCAAGAUGGAGAGGUUCGAAUGUGACUCGGUCACUGUGGGAGAGCCUCGUCGACCUAUACCAUAUGCAGUUCUCAAACUGCAAUUUCAACGUCUCGUGGCGCAAUAUGAUGUUGAAGAUAAGGGUGUAAUAUUCACCAAAGAUCUACUCACGCUUAUCGAUCAGUAUGAGAAUGAACAUGACGUGGUCUUAUUGACGGAUGAACAAAAGAAGGCGAUACAACCUUACUGCCACAGCAAUCCAGAUUUGGAGAUGACCGCCGACGAUAUCCUAAACCUCUUUCGACUGGUGUUCCAGCCUUCCCCUAUCGCAUCUAUAUCCGCUCCUACAUCCUAUCAACCUAUGACGACCUCUGAAAAUCACUUACCGAUUAUAUCGGAAACCGUUUCGGUUCCACGCAAAUCCACUUCGACGUCCCGUCACCGAUCAACGCCUUGGAAACGGCGCCCGUCCGCUGUCGCUGCCGCUAUUCAGGCACGUGAUGAUCGAUUUCAGGUUUUUCGGUCAAAGAACUGUUUUGCACCGUUUGCUUGUAGUGCCGAUACCCAGAUAUCACCGUCGCAUGAUAUUCCAAAACCGGCAUCCGUCGAAGCAGGGGAAGAAGAAGAGGACUCAAAUCAAGAAUUUGCGCAAUAUUAUCGACGAUCUAUUGAGCUGACAAAGCGCCUCAAAUUAUCAGAACGCAGUCUUGCGUCCAUGACUCGUGAUAAUGAGGAUCGGAUUUUGAUGCUACAAAAUCGAGUCGAUGAUAUGAAUCAGGAAGUUAUCAGACAAAAGAAAGAGAUUCUGGAAUACAAGAACAAGGAGAAAAAUAGUCUCGAUCAGAUCAGCGCAUUGGAAUCUCAUAUUUCUCACAUUCAGCGCUCAGAAACCGAUCAGAAGCAAGUCUACAUUUCAAUCAGAACACUGUUCGACGAGAAGUGCAAGGAGACACAGGAACUGCAAGACAUGCUACGGGAAAAAGAACUUCAUUUGGAAAAAACGGAAGAUUUCCUAAGAAACUAUCAUCGGGAAGUGGCCCAAUUGACAGAAGAACGCAACCGCUUGAUGGGUAUGCAGAAAGAUUUGGAAAGAGAGCUGGAAUCGUCGCACCAUACGCAUAUGCAGCUGGCGGAGCAACGAUCGGAGAACGAACGUUUGAAAGAAAUUAUCGAUAAUCUCAAGUAUGAUCUGGACGAAGCACGAAAUGAGCAAUCUACGUUACCAAGCGAGGCAGCGUCACUGAUCAAAACGCUGGAAGCAGAAUUAGAAGGACAGAUCCAGCGAUUUUAUACCGAGGAGGAUGAAUCCAAGAUCUCGGAGGAAGAAAUGCAUAAGACGGAAGAAAAGCUGAAAACUGUGGAAACAGAAAAGGAUUAUUACAAGCAUCAAGCUCAUGAAGCGCUCGAAGAUCUUGAUAAAGCGAGAUCGGAACUGAAUCACUUGAAACAAGCCCUUGAUUCGGAGAAUCAGCUGCUGGUGAAUGAAUUGGCCGAAUUGAGAUUGAGAAAAGAGAUCACAUUACGGGAUAUUGACCCGCUGAACGCCGAGAAUUCCUCCUUAGUAUUGGAUACAGACCUGGAGUCAUGUCUAUUUGAUCGCCCUUCAGAUGAUAUCUGGGCACAGUCAAGAAUUCGGCAGCGAAAAUUUGAUAAGAAUAGGAAGGCACGAGGUAUGUAUCCAGGUAAACAUAUUCAAGCUUUUAACCAUGCCUGACGAGUCUCCCUUUUUUUAAUUGCAUUAUACAGCUAUUCAAGAUCUAAACGAGUCUACUGUUACUGCUGCUGGCACGUCUGCUGCACCAUGUGA